GGAAGCCGCGUUGCGACAACAGCCGACGACGACUGCGCAGUUGUGACGCCAUUGAUUGUGCGCAUAGGCCUCACAGUCUCCGGUUGAACAGCGAGAGCAAGAGCAGCGGUUGCUGGCUUCCAAGCGCCGAGUUUGGUGGAGCUGCAGUGCGGCUUUGUUUUGCAUCUUUCGCCGUUGGACACUUUCGGUUUUCAGUUUGUUUGUUUCAGUCACUUCGACGUGUUGUGUUGCAAUAUGAUCGUCAUUUGCAUAUUCAUUUCGCUGACAAUCGUUUCGGCUUUGAAUUAUGUGAAGACGCGUAGGAAACGUGCGCUCAUCACGAAUCUAAGUGGACCUUUGGCGCUGCCGCUAAUCGGUUCGGUGCAGAAGUUCUUGCUGCUUACGCCAAGAAAUUUUCUCGUCAAGUCACGCAAUUACCUCAACAAGUUCGGCACACUUUCGCGCUGCUGGGUCUUCGAUCGGCUCUUCAUACUCACCGCCGACUACGAGUUUGUCACACAGCUGCUACACAGCGCAGAUCAUUUGAAUACAGGCUACAACAAUCUGUUGCAACCGGUCUACGGCAUCGGACUGUUGAGGCGAGACGCCGACGAAUGGCAAAAACGACGUCAAUUGAUCACGCAUGCGUUGCGUCCACAGAUGCUAACGGAUUUUGUGGAGGUAUUUGCAGCACAAGCACAGUUAUUGGUGGAGCGCCUACGCGAAGAAAGUGACGGUAAAAGCAGCUUCGAUAUACAACCAUAUGUGCAGAGAGCGGUGCUCGAUGUGCUCAUUGCAACUGCAGUGGGCGUGGAGAGCCAAGCGCAGUGUGCGCAAUCGCAGCCUGUGGAUGGAGAGUAUGCGCAUACUGUGUUGGCGCUCAUCGAGCUCUUUAAGUCGCGUUUUCUCAGUUUAGACUCCGCGAAUUCCACAAUCUACAGCAUACUUUGUCCGCUGAUAAAGCGACGACAGCAGCAGCUAUUGAAGACAGUCAAUCGCAUGAAUAACAAAUUGAUUUCAGAGCAACGCGCAGCCACCACAACUGAUAAGUCCAAUGGUGCGGUCUAUACGAUCCAAGUGAAUGAGUCACAGAGCGAAACUGUGCCGCUGCGGUUUGACACACUUUUGAAACAGUUGCUCGCUGCCGAAAUCGCCGAUGAGUCGCUGAGCAAUGCGGAGAUCUGUGAUGAGCUGAAUACCUUCGUUUUUCAAGGUUGCCUACUAACACCGGCGGCGAUCUCAUUUGCGCUUGUCGCGAUUUCACGUCAUCCGAGCGUACAACAAAAAGUACUCGAGGAAUUGCUAUGCGUUUGGCCGAAGGGUACGUCGUGCAUCUGCACGCUGGAGAAUUUAAUGAAGCUGAAAUAUUUGGAGUGUGUAAUCCAGGAGACGCUCAGACUGUAUCCGCCACAGCCGAUUAUAGCGCGCGAUCUGAAGCGAAAUUUCAGCUACACCCACUCAAAGGUUAAAGAUGGCGUUUUACCCGCUGAAUCGGAGAUCUAUAUAAAUGUCUUUGAAAUGCUGCGUCAACCCGAAAGUUUUGCGGAUUCCGAAUGUUUUCGUCCGGAGCGCUUUAGUUCCGCCGAGAAUACAGACAUGCUAGCCUGGGGUCUUGGUCCGCGGAACUGUGUUGCUCAAAAGUAUACCAUGCUGCUGAUGAAAUCUGUGAUUGCGCAUUUAUUACUAGCCUAUGAAGUACUGCCUUUUGGCGCGGAGCUAAGUUUGGAAGUGAAAAUCGUCCUGAGUUCUGCGAGUGGUUGGCAAGUGGCGCUUAGAUCGCGCGAUAAUUAGUUUUAUAAGUUGGCAGUAUUUUUUUUACAGUAGGGGUAUUUGUUGGGGGUUUUAUAAUAUAUACGCAUUUAAUA